AUAUAUAUAUAUAUACACAUGUACGGUUAUAUAUAUAUAUAUAUAUAUGUAUAUACAGGCUAUCUAUAAGGGAAAUAUUGUCUAGACUUUGAGAGACUAAUGAGAUGAUUUCUGCGAUCUGAGCACGAGAUUUAAACAGUGAAUUAAUUAAUAAUAAUACCCCACGGGACGGACGAUAUGGAGGAACUGGUUAUGAGGAAAGAUACGAACGUUUACAGUGAGUCUCAAAGUCCUACGAACACACCGCUCCACAUUGCUGUUGUGAAUUGCGAGAUAGAAACUGUAAAAAGGCUCAUUAAAAGAGGUGCUCACGUGAAUGCUACAAAUGUAUAUGGAGAAACGGCACUGCACCUAGCCAUUCAGGAGAGACACAAAGACAUCGUACAAAUCCUCGUAGAUCAGGGCGCCUAUCUCAAUUUGAAAAGCGGGUGGGGCGAAACACCUCUUUAUUUUGCUGCGCGAGUAGGACUAGAAGAAACUUGCAGGUUGCUACUCGAAAGAGGAGCUGACGUUGAUACCCAAAACGAAAAUGGUCAAACGGCACUGCACCUAGCCAUUCGAGAGGGACACAAAGAUAUCGUACAAAUCCUCGUAGCACAUGGUGCCGAUGUCAAUUUGAAAACUCGGUGGGACGAGACACCGCUUCAUUCUGCAGCGCGAAAAGGACUAGAAGAAACUUGCAGGUUGCUACUCGAAAGAGGAGCUGAUGUACACGCCGAAAACAGAGAUAGAGAAACGGCAAUACACCUAGCCAUUCACGAGAGACACGACGGUAUCGUACAAAUCCUCGUAGAACAUGGUGCCGAUGUAAAAUUGAAAAUUCGGAGGGGCGUGACACCUCUUCAUUUUGCUGCGCGAGUAGGACUAGAAGAGACUUGCAGGUUGCUACUCGAAAGAGGAGCUGACGUGGAUACCCAAAACGAAAAUGGUGAAACAGCACUGCACCUAGCCAUUCGGAAGGGACAGAAAGAUAUCGUAAAAAUUCUCGUAGAUCAGGGUGCCGAUGUCAAUUUGAAAACUAAGGAAGGCCGGACACCGCUCCAUUUUGCUAUGCGAGAAGGACAAGAAGAAAUUUGCAGGAUGCUAUUCAAAGGAGGUGCUGACGUGGAUGCCCAAGACGAAAAUGGUCAAACGGCACUGCGCCUAGCCGUUCGGGAGGGACAGAAAGGUAUCGUACAAAUCCUCGUAGAUCAGGGUGCCGAUGUCAAUUUGAAAACUAAGGAAGGCCGGACACCGCUCCAUUUUGCUGUGCAAGAAGGACAAGAAGGAAUUUGCAAGUUGCUAAUCGAGAGAGGAGCUGACGUAAAUGACAAAAAUGUAAGUGGAUGCACAGCUUUACAUUUUGCCGCUGAGCGUGGUCAAAUACGUAUCAUGGAAAUUCUCUUGAAUUCGAAUGUUAACAUCGAUUCCAUAAAUGAGAGUGGUCACACUGCACUUCAUCUGGCAUCCUGCGCCAAUCAGUAUGAAGCUGUUCUGACUCUCAUAGAAAACGGGUCCGACGUGAACAUUAUUAACAAAUACCAUCAAACAGCGUUAAACUUAUACUGUUUUAAGUACAUUAUCGUACAAAUCCUCGUAGAUCAGGGUGCCGAUGUCAAUUUGAAAACUCGGUGGGACGAGACACCGCUUCAGUCUGCAGUGCGAAAAGGACUAGAAGAAACUUGCAGGUUGCUACUCGAAAGAGGAGCUAAUGUGCACGCCGAAAACAGAGAUAGAGAAACGGCAAUACACCUAGCCAUUCACGAGAGACACGACGAUAUCGUACAAAUCCUCGUAGAACAUGGUGCCGAUGUCAAAUUGAAAAUUUGGAUGGGCGAGACACCUCUUCAUUUUGCUGCACGAGUGGGACUAGAAGAAACUUGCAGGUUGCUACUCGAAAGAGGAGCUGACGUGGAUGGCCAAAACGAAAAUGGUCAAACGGCACUGCACCUAGCCAUUCGGGAGGGACACAAAGAUAUCGUACAAAUCCUUGUAGAUCAGGGUGCCGAUGUCAACUUGAAAACUCGGCGGGACGAGACACCGCUUCAGUCUGCAGUACGACGAGGACGCGAAGAAAUUUGCAAGUUGCUAAUCGAGAGAGGAGCUGACGUGAAUGCCAAAGAUAAUGGAAAAACAGCACUGCACCUAGCCAUUGAGGAGAGAUACAUAGAUAUCGUACAAAUCCUCGUAGAUCAGGGUGCCGAUCUCAAUUUGAAAAGUCGGUGCAGCCAGACGCCGCUGCAUUUUGCGGUGCGACGAGGACGGGAAGAAAUUUGCAAAUUGCUAAUCGAGAGAGGAGCUGACGUGAAUGCCAAAGACAAUGGCGGAAAAACUGCACUGCACCUAGCCAUUGAGGAGGAACUCAUAGAUAUCGUGCAAAUCCUCGUAGAUCAGGAUGCCGAUGUCAAUUUGGAAACUGAGGGGGGCCGGACACCGCUCCAUGUUGCAGUGCUAGGAGGACUAGGAGAAAUUUGCAAGUUUCUAAUCGAGAGAGGAGCUGACGUGAAUGCCCAAAACAGAGAAAGAGAAACGGCAAUACACCUAGCCAUUCACGAGAUACACGAAGAUAUCGUACAAAUCCUCGUAGAUCAGGGUGCCGAUGUCAAUUUGAACACUCGAUGGGACGAGACACCGCUUCUGUCUGCAGCGCGAGAAGGACUAGAAGAAACUUGCAGGUUGCUACUCGAAAGAGGAGCUGACGUGGAUACCCAAAACGAAAAUGGUGAAACAGCACUGCACCUAGCCAUUCGGAAGGGACAGAAAGAUAUCGUAAAAAUUCUCGUAGAUCAGGGUGCCGAUGUCAAUUUGAAAACUAAGGAAGGCCGGACACCGCUCCAUUUUGCUAUGCGAGAAGGACAAGAAGAAAUUUGCAGGAUGCUAUUCAAAGGAGGUGCUGACGUGGAUGCCCAAGACGAAAAUGGUCAAACGGCACUGCGCCUAGCCGUUCGGGAGGGACAGAAAGGUAUCGUACAAAUCCUCGUAGAUCAGGGUGCCGAUGUCAAUUUGAAAACUAAGGAAGGCCGGACACCGCUCCAUUUUGCUGUGCAAGAAGGACAAGAAGGAAUUUGCAAGUUGCUAAUCGAGAGAGGAGCUGACGUAAAUGACAAAAAUGUAAGUGGAUGCACAGCUUUACAUUUUGCCGCUGAGCGUGGUCAAAUACGUAUCAUGGAAAUUCUCUUGAAUUCGAACGUUAACAUCGAUUCCAUAAAUGAGAGUGGUCACACUGCACUUCAUCUGGCAUCCUGCGCCAAUCAGUAUGAAGCUGUUCUGACUCUCAUAGAAAACGGGUCCGACGUAAACAUUAUUAACAAAUACCAUCAAACAGCGUUAAACUUAUACUGUUUUAAGUACAGUCUUAUUUAUCGCUCCAAGUUUCCCAGUAUCCAGCAGUUGCUAAUUAAAAUGCAGAUUGCUAUGUUGGACGUGAAUAACGGAAAUGUGGAGAAUUUUAAUAUCACUACGGAUAUGAACGAGCAGUUUCUAAAAUUUCAGAAAAAAUGUAUUGAAGAGAUAAUGAGAAUGAAAAACACAAAAAUUAACGAUACUAUCCUAACAUUUCAUGAUAUCCUAACAAAACGCGUAGACCAAAUAGCAUUAUACGCGAGAAAUGAAGAUGUUGUUCAGGUUUUGAAACGGAGCAAUUAUCGGAGAGAAUUUCCUAUCUACGAAGACAUAAUAGAACGUCGUUUCAAUAGAGGUAUGGUACAAAAGGAGUUGUUAGACGAGGGCGUUACAUUUUUCCGCCGUUUCCUCGGUAGAUAUUAUGAUUUACUUUGUAUUCAAAGAAUAUUAAACUACCUCAAUAACAGGGAGCUAAUGAAUUUGAGAGAUGUUUGUAAAAACGUUUUGUCCUAACAUUAACGAUGCAACAAAACGGGAAACACUGUAAUACUACUUACUAUUUUUAUACUUGUUCAUUAACAUUUUGACACUAAUAAAUAGCCAUUUUGACUUUAUUUACAAUAUUUUUUAUCUUUCCUUUUCAUCCCCUAGCUUCACUUCGCAGCUGUUCUCCAUUUCAGUUCGCUUUAGGUAGCCUAGCGGAGGUAUAAAUUCUUUCCAAGUUGUAUUAUUAGUUACGAAGUAAGUUGUAAGUAGUGUUACGAGGGAGAACCGUGCCAAGGGUCCGACGGGCGACCGAGUCUAUCGACUCUGUCAGGGUGCUUUUUUUAGGGAAGGAAAUAGAUGCGCGGACAAACCUUGUCAAACCCAGGGCUCGUAUAAUUUAUCCCUCGACCGUAAAGUGGGGGCGACGCGACCAUGGUGGGGACUGGUACUUGAUGGCUUCACUUCGCGAAGGCGCAUGAGGGGAAUAGUAGGCGCAGUAGGGAUAUAGUACUAACAUAUUAGAAAUACGGGCGAAAAAGAGGUUAAGCGAGCCGUGCGGGAUAAAUUAUACGAGCCCUGAUCAAACCCUAUCUAUAGGUUAUCCUCGGGAGCCGCAGGACGUGGACGACGGGAGGAUGGUCAGUCCCCCUAGCCAUUUAGGUAAAAAGGUAAUCGGAUUGGCAGGUCACCUGUCGUAGAUACGUCCCGAGCGGUUAAGACUUAUCGGUUGCAAGAUAGUCUGGUUAUCGAGCUAAUUUGGAAAUAAUCGCUAGGUUACUUACCAAAGGGUUUACUUUCAAAAGAUUAAAUAUAUGCUAAACAAUUUCGAAAACAAAUGCACAAUGAAGAUGUGAACGUACAACAUAAAGCAUAUGGAGAGGAUUCAGUGUCGGGAAGGAACAAUAAUGAAUCAACACCUGAGUAUAUGCGGAGGAUCCAGCAUAGGAAGGAGGAACAAUGAAUCAUCACGCGCGCGAUGCCUGAGUUGGUCGAAGUUAAUGUACUACCGAAGGCGGAGGGGCUGAUUCGCGAUUGAUUAAAUUGUGUUUUGGUGUUUAUAAGAGGACUGAUUAAACUUUUAUAUUUUCACAAA